GUUAUUGAGCGUUCCGGCAGCCGGCACGGCGCUAAGAUGGAGGGCAGAGCGGAACCCGGUUAGGCCAGCAUCCCGGGCGGGUCGAUGCGGGGUGUAUCUGGUUUUUUCGGACACUAUACCAACCGGGAGAGGGGUGAACGAACGGCGUUACAUAACGCGGUCGAUACCGGGCUGCGCGGUCCUGCGCGGGCCACCCCUCGCAAUACCGCUCGCGCGCGCUACCCAUUCGGACGUACGCGUGUUAUUUAUUUUACCGCGUUUUUCGUUUCCCUUUCGUUCUUUACGUUUAUGAUUUGAGCCACCAUGUCGAAAGGCGACAGCGAGCAACAGAAUGGCUCCGGCGAGGAGUCCAAAACCAAUCUCAUCAUCAACUACCUGCCCCAGAGCAUGACUCAGGAGGAGAUCCGGAGCCUGUUCUCCAGUAUUGGUGAAGUGGAGAGUUGCAAGCUCAUCCGAAAUAAAGGGGCCGCGUUCCCUGAUGCUUUGAACCAUGCGCUGCACGGCGGCGGCCAGUCGCUCGGCUAUGCGUUUGUCAACUACCACCGUCCUGAGGAUGCGGAAAAAGCCAUCUCGACGCUCAAUGGACUUCGCCUCCAGAACAAAACCAUCAAAGUAUCAUACGCACGACCAAGCAGCGAGGCCAUCAAAGGGGCCAAUCUCUACGUGUCCGGACUUCCAAAAACUAUGACUCAGAGUGAGUUGGAACGACUCUUCAGCCCUUACGGCCGCAUCAUCACAUCCCGCAUUCUGUGCGAAAAUUCCGGCGGGCGGCCAUUCACCGGGGGCGAACAGGGACUCUCUAAAGGAGUGGGAUUCAUUCGAUUUGAUCAACGCGUGGAGGCCGAAAGAGCCAUUCAGGAACUGAAUGGAACAGUGCCUAAAGGAGCGACAGAGCCUAUCACAGUGAAGUUUGCGAACAACCCGUCCAACAAUGGAAAAGCUUUGGCACCGCUAGCGGCGUACCUGCCGGCGGCGCUUCGAUUCCCUGCGCCCCUCGGCCGCUUCAGCUCUGGCAAGUCUCUCCUGGCCAUCAACAAGGGAUUACAACGCUACAGCCCGCUGGCUGGGGAGCUUCUGGGCGGCGUCCUGCCAGGAGCCGUGGGCUCCGAGUGGUGCAUCUUCGUGUACAACCUGGCGCCCGAGACCGAGGAAAACGUGCUCUGGCAACUCUUCGGCCCGUUCGGUGCCGUUCAGAGCGUCAAAGUCAUAAGAGACCUGCAGACCAACAAGUGCAAAGGGUAUGGUUUCAUCACAAUGACAAACUACGACGAGGCCGUGGUGGCCAUCCAGUCGCUGAACGGAUACACUCUGGGCAAUCGCGUGCUGCAGGUCAGCUUCAAGACCAACAAGAUCAAGACUAUUUAAACGCCGCGGGCGCCGCGGCCGCUAGGACGGCACGCGCCAGGCGCGCACCCAUACAUACCGCGGAUACCAGAACAACAAGAGUUAGACUGUCUUCCCGAAUAGACCGGACGACGUCCGCAUUUUCUACGUUUACUGUAAAGCGAAGGCACCGACCCUUUGUCCGAAGCCGCUCCGGUGACAUAUAUAAACGUACGUAUGCCUAUAUACCGAACUGGGUUAAGUGUGUUUCAGGAAACAAAAUGGCGGCUCGUACAGGGAGCGGUGCGCAGGUCCGGACUCAGUCCAGCUGCACCGACUAGACACGACCUGGGCCGGCUCACAUGUCACACGGCCUGACUAACCCAUACAUAUUGGUAAUAGUCAAUAACAAAAUAAUGAUAUUAAACUUCGCUUAUGAACGGUUGUGGUUAACGAGAAAUAGUUUUCGAAUAUAAUGAAUAAUUAGCAAUAAUAGCCUAAAUUGUGUAAUGCUCCUUUGUGGAAUUUAUACGCGAUCAUAUCGUCUGUCGUAUUGUGCGUGUCACGUCUCCACCGGGGCGUCACGGCAUCAGGGCGGCCCGGCACGGCGCGGCCCGGUCCGGCCCGGCGCCCGGUCCACGUUUGCCAAAUAUAUAUACCUAAUGCAAAAUACAUCAUUCUGUCGCUCACACAACGUACCUAGCUGUUAGUAUUAUAUCGGACCGGCCAAAAGUAAUGGAACGAAGCUCGCGCUUCUCAGGCACUUAAUCGAAGUAAAAUAGUGUUAUAUUGUUAAAGAUUGGAAAAUAUAUAUUAUCUAUAUGUAUAUUUUAAUCAUAUAUUAAUCUAAUUAAGGAUGAAAACUAAUCAAAAACUGUGAUAGGUUUUGAUAAAAUUUUAAAAAAUGAUUGAGAUCCGCGGAGAUGAGUUGACGUCCCGGGCUCGCCCGGCGUGAAAACGUGUAGGUUAGUUUUUUGAGAAAAUUUUGAUAUGAGGAACUAGGAAGCGGGUUACGGUAGUAGAUACCGGUAACGCACACUGACAAGGAUCUGACACACUAUGGCGUCGCCCUCCCAGUGUGGGGGGUGGUCGAAGGCGCUCGGGGCCGCUCGGCCGGCGAUCGAUCGAGCCCGGCCGAGCGCGCCGUCUCGCUCGCGCGCGCGCGCUUCCUCGCCGCACGUGAAACGGGGACAGCACGCGGAGCAACGGAGGACGACAGUCCACCGCGGAACUAUGGUGCAUACUCUAGUCUAACGAUAUCGUUUCCAAUAAUAAUCGAUAUCUAAACAUAUGAUCGGUACCUGCUAUAAUAAUAAUGUAUGGAUGCGAACCUGCGUCUAUUCGAAGUAGGCUUUAAUUGUCUUAGUUUAAAUGAAAAUUUGUAAAUAGGAAAAAUGUUUAAAAAAUCCCCCGCGUCUGACACGCCUCAGAACCACUUCGACCCGACAAGACCUAUUGAAGAACAUCGAACUUGAAUAGAUUAUAUUAUCGUGCCGUCCUAACGACUCUACGAUUUUUGUAAAAAGAAUAUAUAUAAGAAACAGUUUUGUAACAUUUCAGAUAUUAACUAAUAGGUACUCAUUACAUACCAAAGAUGAAGAUUAAAAUUUACAAGUAUUUAUAUAUUUAUUAUAAAUGUAAAACGUGCAAUAACUAAUAGCCAUUAAUUUAAUAUAAAUAUAUUAACAAAUGAGUGGAGGCGUCGGGCUAGGCCGACCUGGCCGACCGCAGUUUGUUUGUCUAUUUAUUGUAAUCGCGGCGAAGGCCAUGGCCAGCGGUCGACUUACUAUUAAAUUUAUUCAUUUACUAAUUUAAAUAAAAUUCGCUUAUUUUACAUACAGCUUGACUUGCUUGAGAUUCCAAUUUUAGUCUUAAUACGUUUCAUUAUUAUUAGGGAUACUGUAUUAAUUUAGAGAAAUUGUGAGUUACCACUUUCGUUACUACGCCUCGAGUCGGUAAUGGCCAGAUGGAAAAGAAAACAGGUGGAAUUGUAGAAACGAUGGAUUAAUAUUUGUAUGUAAUUUUAUACUGAAAAGUGCUUUACCGAAGCGAGGUGUAGAUUUUCGGCAUAGUUUGAUUAUAAUUUAAAUGGUGGUAAUUAUAUGGAUCGUACGGUUGGCAAGCGGUGGAGUGGUCGCGAGCACAACUUUUGCUAACCUACUGUACCUAACUAUAAUGUAGUCGUCUUUAGGUUAUAGUGGUUGUUGUGUUUGUGUUGUUUUGCAUCAGCAUAUAAAUUUCAACUAUUCUAGUUUUUACCCCUUCGCGGGGAUUAUAAUAUUAUUCAUAAUUGAUAAUUUUAAGAAUAGUUGGAGUUAAUGUUGAUGAUAAUAACCGUAAUGAUAAUUUCAAAUUUUGUUAGAUUUAACGACUCAUUAAUUUAGUGUACGUGCAAUUAUUGUAUUUUACGUGUAUGUCUAUUAGGUGUGCAUUUAACUUAUUUAAUGUCUAAUUUAUAUCGUAACUUCUCGGUAAGUUAAGCUUACUCAGACCGUCUCUCGCGCGCUUGUCACAUGUUCAAGACGGCGGAUGUCUAGCACAGCAUACCUACAGUAAAUAAUGUAACCCGAUGGAUUAUCGAUGGUAUCGAUUUGCCGGUUUGAGUAAUGCUUAAAAAACUAAAUUGAUUUAUUUAUUAGGUAAUUACUAUAAUGGGCGAUUAAUCGGGCUCAGGGAGGUAAAGUUUCAUUAAAUAAAACGUAAAUAAUUAUUGUUUAGGGUAACUUAACCCUAAUAUGGUUUCAAGUUUGGGAUUGCUUUUCGCGUAAAUGUAAGAUUUAAACUGUCGUUUGAAUCGAAACGAAAACACCAAAGUAUUCACUGAAAACUCAUCGACUUUUUAGAUAAUAAAUAAUAAUAAUAAUUGAAGUAAAAAUUUCAAAAUAUUUUGGAGCGGUUGUUCGUUAGGUGUGUAAAGUGACUUACAGCGUGUAUUAGUAGAAUGUUUUGUGCGUCAACCCUUCUUUCGGUAAUAAUUAAACAAAAGAAUAAAAAAGAUAAUAAUAAAUUAAUAAUACCUAGUGCUCAAUAGCUUAGUGGGUCGAGUAGUUCGUGAACAUGAAAAGCAAUAAAUGUAUUGUGAGUUAAGCACGCUACGUUACACAUAAUGUUAACUUAAUAUUUUUAUAUGUAUUUUAAAAAUAUACAGUAUUUCAUAUCUUAAUAGUCGUAAGGCAGUCGGCAAAACGUUCUACUAAUAGUGGUGUAGACACAGUCAAUGUAGGUAACGAACCCAGCCUAGGGAGAAGCACCCCUAUUAUCAAUACCAUACGGCUACUUUUUGAACGGUGUUUUGAAACAUUUUUUAAUGAAAAUAAGAAAAUAUAUAAAAUAAAGUAAUUAAUUGGCAACACAGAAACAAUACUCUAAAUACGCAUAGGCUAAUUGACAUGAGGCUGUGAAAUUAGCAAAAAAAUAAAAGUAAAUAAAUUCACGUGACGGUCGAUCUUAAAUUAUAUUAAAGAUUAAGUGAGAGGGAUUAUGCAGUCAUAGGUUGAUGGCCCAUAAUUAAUAAGUAAAUCAAUUGACAAGAAUGCAGCUAACAUUAAUGACUGUCCAGGAAUCGGUGAUAAAUAGGAAGGUUAAUAGCAUUUGUAUGCAUCAGCGUAUAGUCUGGUAAGGAACCGGCCUCGGGCAAGCACAAAGCAGAAAUAAUGCCAGAGGCCGGAACCGUAGUUAAGUCACAAUGAAGAAAUUAUAUCUUCCAUAGGACAUAAAUCUACAUAAGUUAACUUCUCUGCGUGAAAAUAUUUCAAUACCGACUGUGGCACUUAAGGCUGUAUUUAUUCUAGUCAAAUGCUCAAUAAUUAAAAAAGUCGCAAGUGCCAAAUGUGUAUCGACAAAAUACCAUCGAUAAAUUGAAAUAUUUUGACGCCACAGAAAACUCGAGACAUCGACUAAAUGUGUUACUAUUAACGUCAUACGUCAAAAAGUUUACACAACACCUACUUCAAAGCUGCAACGGCUAUAUUAUUGUAAAAUUAUAAAAUCCAUUUGCUCAGCCCAUACUUCCUCUUUUGGAUCUGUUUCUCUAGCAUAGCUCUUACUCGUAGGUACCUACUCUCAUCGUAAUUUUUUAUAAUAUAGCCCGCGGCGCCUUGUCGCUUCCCUUUGCGCGUUCGCAUGAUCAUCGUCACCUGGGCGGAGCACCGGCGGCGCUGCGCCCGCUCGCGCCACGAACCAGCGGUAAACAACCGAAAGCAAUAUAAUAUGUCGAUAAGGGACAAUAAACUAAGCAAUAUUUUUAAAGAGAUCUUUUUGAUCUACAUUUCUGCAUUUCACGAGUGAUGACCUAGUCCUUAUUACCUGAAAUGCAGCGCUUUUACACCAGUUGAACUAAGCUUUAAUGGAGUAUUUAAAAUUUAAAUUUACUCUUAAAGCCGUCUUACGCUGGUAUUGGGUAGCUGAGCGCUGGCGGGAGUCAGGGAGAGCCGUGUGCUGCCGCACUGUAAUUAUCAUUAUAGACAGUGAAAAGCCCAGAAAGACACUUGCGUUGAAAACCCCAGGCUUCGUCAAACGACGAGUCGAUUUUACGCUUAGAGCAUUCGCUAAAAAGGUUGCAAUAAAUAUGUAAAUAUAACAACAGCAUCGGACCAGCUUCGGAAUGCGAAUUGUGAAUAAAUUACCAAUAGUUUCGAAUUUAAAUAAAUAAAAAAGUAAUAUCAUGUAAUAUCAAUUUCACUGUCUAUUUAUUAGAAGUUCGUUUUCGGUGUUGAUUCCUCUAUUAACUGCAUAGCACAAUGGUUCGUUCCCAUUUGUCGAAGGGCGGGGAGCAGGCACGGGUCGGACUCGUGUCCAAACACAAGACGCCUCACGCUUGCCCCUCCGGCUCCAUUCAUUUCAGGUUAAGGGAUACAAUGGGGACAAACACAGAAUCGUGCAGAGUAGCAUGUGAUACUCCUAGUACGUAAACGUAGGCAAUAUUCAUUCAUAUUUCCAUAUUGUUAGAGACCUGAAAGAUUGGAACGUAUCAUAGAUACUUUUUGAGGUCUUUGCGAAUAUUUAAAACACAGUAAAUCAUCCCGACUUCCAGCAGACUCGAGUAAGGAUAGGAAAUAAAUAGAGCAAAUGUGCAUCGUAAGAUAAGUGUCUCAAAAUAAAGUAUUGAAUAAGUAUUUUACCAACUUCAACGUUAAGGUGUACUAGGCAAUGAAAGCAAUGAUAUUUAUAAUUAAAUGAGAUUAUGAAACAGUCAGCCAUUUCCUCGUUCGCUAGCUGACUCCACUUUGAUACAAAUACGUAUUUUAUAAAACUAAUAAUAAAAUCUAAAAAAAAGUUAAAAAACACUUAAGAUCUUCCGGUAUUUCAAAUUAAUGUUGAAGUUUAUUUUCGUCUUUUUAUGGUUACCUAUAUAAAAAUUAAGAAGUAGGUGUCUGUGUUGAUCGUAUUAACCGAUUUAGUUAAUAUUGUACCUAAAGGUUAGGUAUUUCUAUAUACUUAUUGUGUCGGUUUAAUAAUUACCUCUACUUCAUUAUAGCUUUUGUGGGGAGUUUGAGUUGCACAAGAAAUAGUAGAUGGAAUUAAGACAACACUAAACCUGGCAUCAUGGUCCCUGGCCGGUUUGCUGCCCGGAGCGAGCGGCGCGGCGCGCUCCGGCGGCUGCGGCCGCCGCUCCGGCUAGCGAACGGGCGAGGGAGAUCGAUUCAAUUCCAAAUAUUGAUUCAGUUUUAGUGUCUUAGAAUUAAAUGUUGUUCCCAAUAAUUUGUAAGAUCGUUUAAGGAUUUUUGAAUUAUUGUAAAGUUUUCCAAACACCAAUAAGGAGCUUAAACGCUCGGUUCAGAGGACCGAAGCGGUUUUUGGAAAAUUGCUACGCGACAUCCUUCAAGCGGGAUAGAAAAUUUUAAAAUACUCAUUCCUAUUGUAAGCAUUAAUAACCAAAUAUUUACAUCAGUAGUGGUUACUUGGCUGUUUUAAGUAAUUUAUUCAUUAAUAUUUUCACGUAAUUUAUGUGUCUAUAAUUAUUAAUUUAUGGGAAUUAAUUAUAAUUGAAUAAAAAAAUAUGAAAAAAUGUCACAUUCUCUUCACUUUAUACAAUAGUUUUUACAAUAUGAUAUUUAAUAUCCUCAAUGGUUGUAACUAUACAUUUCUUGUUCUAAAUAUAUAAAAAACCCGA